GCCAGAGAGCUCCACCCAAACACCAUUUCCGAUUCACGACUUUUUAAAAGCUUCAUUCAACCUUUCAACAUCAACGCGUUUUGGCGCGAUUUGAUUAUUAGCUAAACUUCAAGCGCUCCACUAUUGAAAAAGCAAUUUAGCUCACCUAUCCAAUUGCGCUUCUCGAUGCCGUUCGUUUUUAGCCUCGUCUCUCCUCUUCGCAUCUCCGCAUCAUCCUCUUGCUAUUUCGCAUAACUUCGAAUUGAUCAACAGUACUCACGAUGAAUUCAUUAAUAGAACCUCCCGCCUCACCAGGCUUUUCACUUAGAGUGAAGGUCUUUCCACCGGAUGCUGCCGAGGAAAAUGAUCGCCCAAUUCGUUGCUUUCGAGUUAUCACAUCACCAAAUAUUACCAUACGAGAAUUUUGCACAGAAGCUUCAAGAGUUCACGAAAUCAACUAUGGCCAGUAAGUCUUUGCGCUUCUGCGGAUAGACAGAGGGGAAACUUUAAGCUUGAAGUUGAGAUCCGCAGUUGCUGAUUUUUACUCCAUCUAGGCCACUUGCGAUCAAAAAGUGUAUGGAUGAUGAAUUAUUUGACGUCACCCAAAACGAUAUGCUAGGACCCCUCUUUCCCAAUAUGUCUACUAUUCGAAUCAUAAAAGCUCCCAACAAACCAAACAUUAGAGAUUCUCUUCCACCAACUUCAGCCCUUCGAUUCAAUCCAAUAAGUGUUCUUGGUCAGAAAAGAGAUCGGUCACCUUUGAAUGGAAAUGCAGAACCCUUUUGGAAUCCACAAAAACGUCAGAGGACGGCCAUAGAUCCAGAUCACCCAAUUCCUUCUCGAGAGAUAGAAUCAUGGACUGGCGGAAGGUUGGAAGGUAUCCUGGAAAAGUCAGAGACAACAAUUCCAGAUUCACAACGGAGUGCUAUCUUAGAUCAUGAGGAUGAGGUCAAUGAUAUUGUACCAAAUGUAAGAGAAUAUUCUCCCAUGAUCUCCGACACCCCACAGCGAUCGUCCCCAUCGCCGGUGAAGCGAAGUUUCCCUCGCCAAAGCCAUGCCAUAACUAACUAUGUCACAAAGCUAUCUAACAGUAGUUUAAAUGCGCAAACUGCCAAAGUUCCGAAAGAACUUGUCAGUCCGUUCCAAGAACCUCCGCCACGGAUUCAGGGUACACCAAAGAAUAGUGCAGGGGCGAAAAAUGCAAGUUAUCAUAUUCAGAGGGCUACCAACAGAGGCCGAUCUGUUUCGACGACUGCGACAAGCCCUUUGACAGGCGAACCACAACUUCCUCCUCACAACCACUCAAACUCUACCCAGAAGCGGAAAUCAAAUACUCCAAAUACCCGAUCACCGCGGAACGAGAGUGAUAUCUAUGAUGACUUUGGUUCAGAUACUGAGGAGCCAACCAUUCGACAAUCAAAACUCAAGUUUAAGAAAGAUGCCCAAAAGGGAUCAUCUGGUGUUGAGCCGUCAGCCAAGUCACCUUCAAAUAACAAUUCACAUCCUUCCAAGGCUUUCCAGUCGAUUUCCACUCCAAACGAGCUCCCCUUAACACCAAAGAGUAAAGUACGCGAGGAGGCAUUGCGCAAAAGGAAAGAAAAUGAAGAAGCAGCUAAGGAGGCGCGGGCUUCAGCUGCAAAAGCUGCUGAAGAACGACGACGUGAAUCCGAAAGAGAGGCUGUAGCAGCAAAAGCAGAGCGGAUGCGCAAGGAGAGGUCAGAGGAACGCAAGGCAGAAGAGGGACAGAAACAAGCAGCAAGAAAGCAGAAGGAAGUAGCUGCCCUUGAAGCCCAGAAACUAAGGGAUGAAAAAGAGAAAUUGCGCAAACAAAUUGAAGAAGACGACAGACUGGAGGAGAUGAAGGCGUUAGAGGAGGCAGCGAAACAGUCCGAGGAGGAGUCUAGAAAGUCAGAAGCGCUUGAAAACUCUAAGAGAGCAUCCGGCACUACACAGGAAAGCAGGAAAGGAACUCCCAUCAACAAACGAAGCACCCCUGCCGUUAUACUUCCUCGCCAAUCAUCCACGCCUCAUUAUCCAAGAGGUAAAAAGUCAUCUUUAAAGACAUCAAGUUCUUCUGGGAGCAUUAAAAGCUCUUCACCCGGUGGCCCAGCUCCUAAGGAUACCAGCUUAGAAGCUCAGAUGCCAUUGCCAUCGAAGAGCCCUCGGCGUGUUUCCUUUGACCUCAAUGCGACAACCACCCCUGUGAAACCACCGCCCAGGAAGACAACUUCAAUUGAUAUACCAAAUAGGGACACAACACCCAAGCUUGCUUCUAGUCAGACCCCAGCGCAAAGUCAGACACCAAUUCCAUUACCAAAAACUUUUAAGCGACCUGAUCGUAGUGCUACUCCAGUCAGACAGCAAUCAUCAAAACCAUCUGCUAUGAACCAACCUCCAUUGACAGCAGCUCGGACAGGUUCCGCGUCGCGCUCCGCUACACCUAAGCCUGUUUCUCUACCAGCAUACAGAAAUAUUUCGACUGAGCCAAAACCUUUACAGAAAGGUAGUGUUACACAGGAAGCAAAGAAAGCAGUUACUUCUGCGCCCAGCCGAUCAUUAUCGGUCAAAGGUACGUAAAUAAUGCGCAGCAAUCACUAAACAUUGUUUUUCAUGUCAUUAUUUUCUCAUUUCAGCUCACUUGGUCAACGAGCGAGCAGUCGAUUUGAAAGAUUAUGAACUGACUGUAUAAUUAGAAAAAUCAAAGUCACCAAUGAAGCCUGCUGAAGUACCACUUCCUCCAAGUUCCGACAGCUCCGACUCUGAAUCUGAAGAAAUGGUCGCUAUCAAGGAAGAGCCAAAAAGAUCUAAUAGUCCUGAGACUCUACAGGUCGAAGAAUCAAAGGUUAACGAAGACUUAUCCGAUGAGGAUGUCGAAAUGGGCGAAAACCAGUCAUCGUCGCGCGAGAGUCGAUCCCCGGUUGUCUUUCAUUCCAACGCACCAUCUGGCGAUGAACGCAGAUCCCGCGCUAAUCUCAACCAAACGUCGCGUUCAGUUUCUUCCUCAUCUGAGGAUGAAUCUUCAGACGAAGAACAAUCGGAAGACGAUGCGGACGGAAAGCAGAAUGACACUGAAGAUAAAACAGAAAUAAAAGAGACUCAAGAGAGUUCCGAAGAUGGAGACGAUAGUGAUAACGAUGAUGAGGACGUGGAACUGCCAGAUGCUCCACCACAGCGGCUCAGUCCGGAAUUACCAAUCCAUGCCCGGAGAAAUAUGGUUUCUCCUAUAAAAACUACAAAUCAACGUAAGACUUCUAGCAGCGAUGGGGAUGAUACCCAAGACGAAGUUGAUCUACAACUAACAUCUGAUAUUUUCGAAGCCCAAGGUUCAUUUUCCUCACCCGCCAAAAGACCAACGAUUAAACCAUCUUUUAACUUUGGGGCAAGUUUGUCUUCACUCAAUAGCCAGAAAGGAGCCAUGUUUAAACCGAAACCUUUGACAAAUGGUCAGCUUGCAAAAUCUAAAUUGCAACUUUCAUCUCAGAUGAUAAAGAAGGAAUUUUCGGCAUCAGAAUCUGAAGAAGAAAGCGAUAGUGAUGAUAGUUCCGACGAUGAUGUUCCAAUUCCAGCAACCUCACAAAUUAUCCAUCCUUCAACCCAAAACAAUGGUUUCAUCUCAACAGCGACUAAGAAAAUUCAAGACGCCGAUAGUGAUUCUGAUUCUGAUUCUGAUAGUGGUUCAGAUGCUGCAGCAGCAGCAAUGGAGGAAGCGAGAAGAUCAUUGAUGGCGGAGGUUCAUCAAAGUGGAAUGACUGCUAGCCAGAAUAAUUUACCACAAAGUUCGCAAAUCUCGGUUAAUAGUGGGGUAGGGAAAGGUAAAGGAAAGGGGGAGACUGGGGUGCUUGGCAAGACAAAUGGAAGUGCGAAGGGUUCGAGGACUGCAGGGAAGGAAUUUGCUAAGAAAGGAAAGGAUAGGAUUACGAACGGUUAUGAUUUUAAGAAUUAUGGAUCUUUUAAUUGAAUUGUGAAGGUGGAUGAAAAAUGGGAAGGUGGUUAAAAGGAAAGCGCUUUAAGGGGACAUACAACAAGGAGCGUUAAUUGUGCAUAAUGAUGGGGUGAUUCUGAGCAUGGAGGUGCUCACCUUUUGCUACACGAUGAAAAAGCUGCUGAAGCAGAUAUGAUAUCCGGUUGAUUUUCUUUUUUGAGGAUUUGUAUAAAGGUGUGUAGGAGUUUGGAUUUCAAAGAAAAAGGAAAAUAGGAAAAUUUCUGGAACUUUUCUUCUUGAAUUUUUUUGGGGUCUCUAGUGUGGUGUAUGUAUGUGUGUAUGCGUGUAUAUUGGUUGAUGUGGGACAUAUGGUGUUGUAUUUUAGGGGCUUUUUCUUACUUUGUAGAUUGGGUGGUGGGUUUUGAAAUGAGGGGAGUAGAUGAGUGGUAGGGGUAGGGGUAGGGAGAAGAGAGAUGGGAGUGGUGGAAAUGAAGGGUUAGGAGAAGGGAGAGGGAAGAGGAGGAGAGGGAAGAAGG